GCUGCUCUGACACUUGCCACGUUGUGGUCGACCACUCCUAGUUCCUUGCCAUGGCACCGCACUUGGAGCAGCUGCAGCAUCCUCCAAUCAGUAUAGACAAGGUGCCCGAAUGGCAAGAAGAAGAGGAUUGCUGUUUCAAGCUGCCAAUACAGGACGCAGCCAGUGAGAUCUCCAAAAUGAACCUCAAGAACCCAGAGCUCAUGCGGACGACUGUUCCAUCAAAAGCUUUGCGCUUCUUCGGCCGGGCCUUGAGGGAAAAGAGCUUCGACCGUGAGAUCUAUCACUUGAGCUCAACAACCGAAAAGGUGAAUUGCUUUUGGAGCCAUUCCUGGCAUGCAACCGCUUGGACGAAGAUCUUACUCCUCUUGGUCGUGUACAAUGGUUGUGCAGCCGUGGCGGCUGGCAUGUGUGCGGCCUUAUUGGGGAUGGGUCUAUUUGCUUUAGGACUGCUCCCCGGAUAUCCAAGAGUGUUUCCAGUGGAAGGUGUAGCAUAUGAGGUUGGCCCUUGGGGGUUAGUUGCUGGAUGCCUUGGAACGCUCCUGGUGCUUUUUCUUUGGCAGCCCUCCUCAUCGCGCGUCUUCUUUGGCCGGAUUUGCAUUCAUCAGAGAGACCAAGAGCUCAAAUCCGCCGGAAUCCAGAGUAUUGGUGGGAUUAUGAAGCAUUCGGAAACUAUGCUGGUCUUGUUUGAGCCGAGCUACAUUACGAGGCUUUGGACGAUCUUUGAGAUUGCGGGCUUUCUCAAAAGUCAUGGAGAUCGUGCUGGAUUAUCUUCCUGCUUGAUCAUCCUGCCUACUUUUUUGGGUCCAACGGCGGUUGCAAUCUUUCUUUCUGCGACAAUGAUCAACAUGAGCAUUGUCCUCAACUAUGGUGGCCGGGUGCAGACGAUUCUAGCAGUGACAUUGGUGGUUCUGUGCAUUUGUGUGAUCGGCAUCCAUUGUUUGCGUGGCUAUUUCCGAUGGAUUGAUGAAUGCUGCAGUCAGCUCAAGAACUUCUCGAUGGAAAACGCCGAUUCUCACUGCUGCCGAACCAACCAUUUAAAUGAAGCGGGCAAUACGAUCAUGUGUGACAGGGAGAUCAUCACUGAAUGUAUCCGCUUGUGGUUCGGCAGCGAGGAGGCCUUUGAAUCCUGUGUGAGGUCUGAGGUCUGCAGAGUUCUGAUCAAAGGUUUGCAGCGGUACACGUUCACCUUCAGAUGGCUAGUGGCCGUGAGCAUGCCUACCAGUUGGGUCUAUGGCGAUCUAUUGGUGGCACGUCUGCGAGUCGGGGAGGUUUACUACUCCAUCGUGGCUGCAUUGGUGCUGCUGGGGUGGUGGUUAUGCAUGAUCCCCUUGUGUGCUCUAUUUUGCCUCAUGGUCUCUUUGAAACUUCGUCGGCGAAGAGUCAAUCGAUGCUUGGACCACAUGGUGACUCUGAUGGCGGCUGUACUUGUAGUGGCCUUGGUUUUGCCUCUCCAUUUGCUCCGUAUAGUGUUCUCUGGCCAACUGAAAGAUGACUUGCUGGGCACCGGCCUUUGGUUAUUGGUCGUGGCCCUGGUGACGAUUUGGGCUCGACGGCUUUGGGCCAGAUGGCACUUGGCUCACCUGGAAGUUGGAUGAGUCUCUUGUGAAGACCCAGAGAACCGCUGUAGCAGAAAGUGGAGUUGCCAACUGUAGAACCG